UCACCUCUACCCCUCUGCCUCCAGUACUUCAUCACCAGGAACUACUCCACCCUCAUCGCCUUCGCCGUCGGCGGCCAGUUCCAGCCCGGCAAUGGGUUCAGCCUGAUAGGAGCCCACACCGACAGCCCCUGCCUCAGGGUGAAGCGUCGCUCUAAGCGGGGACAGGUGGGCAUAGUGCAAGUUGGUGUGGAGACCUAUGGAGGGGGCAUCUGGAACACCUGGUUUGACCGUGACCUCACCGUGGCCGGGAGGGUGAUCAUAAAGGACCAAGCCACGGGGCGCCUGGAGCAGCGUUUGGUACGUGUGGAGCGGCCCAUCCUCCGCAUUCCUCACCUGGCCAUCCAUCUGCAGCGCAGCAUCAAUGAGGGCUUCGGGCCCAACACUGAGCACCACCUGGUUCCCAUUCUGGCCACUGCAGUACAGGAGGAGCUGGAAAAGGAGGUGCUCAUGGAGUCUACACCUUGCAGUGCUGCAGCCCAGGCAGAGCGGCAUAGCCCUGUUCUUCUUUCCCUGAUCUGCCCCCAGCUGGGGGUGAAACCAGAGCAGAUUGUGGAGCUGGAACUAUGCCUGGCAGAUACACAGCCAGCGACAGUGGGUGGUGCCUUCGAUGAGUUCAUCUUCUCCCCCCGUCUGGACAACCUGCACAGCUGCUACUGCGCCUUGCAGGCCUUGAUUGACUCAUGUGCAGCACCCUCAUCCCUCUCCCAGGAGCCCAAUGUGCGUCUCAUCGCGCUCUAUGACAAUGAGGAGGUAGGGUCAGAGAGUGCACAGGGCGCAGAGUCCUUGCUCACAGAGCUGGUGCUGCGCCGGAUCUCGGCAUCGCCACACAACCUGACAGCCUUCGAGGAGGCAGUGGCCAAGUCCUACAUGAUCAGUGCUGAUAUGGCCCACGCUGUGCACCCCAAUUACGUCGACAAGCAUGAGGAGAAUCAUCGUCCAGCCUUCCACAAGGGCCCUGUCAUCAAAGUGAACAGCAACCAGCGCUACGCCUCUACAGCUGUCACUGAAGCCGUAAUCCGGGACAUUGCCGCCCGCGUGGGUGUCCCUCUGCAGGAGUUCAUGGUGCGCAACGACACACCCUGUGGCACCACCAUUGGCCCCAUUCUGGCCUCCCGCUUGGGGCUGCCUGUGCUGGACAUUGGCUGCCCGCAGUUGGCCAUGCAUUCCAUCCGGGAGAUGUGCUGCACUUCAGGAGUGCUUCAGAGUAUCACCCUCUUCAAGGGCUUCUUCGAGCUCCUACCGACGGUCAGCAGCAGCCUGGUGGUCGACUGAACAUGGCGGAGAGGGAAUAGCAGUGGGUUUAGUCCUGGGGCCAUUAAAGCAUUUCUGUCUCUCCA